AUGUUCACAGGACAGUGGACAAAGUCUAACUCUCUAGAGAUGGCAAUCGGCCCGAAAAUAUGGGAAACAUGGAACCAGUUGUCUUACCAAGUCUUUGACGCAAUGAUUAGAGAAGAACAGUGGUUGGCGGAGGGAGAAAACGGCCCAUCUAUGAGUAACACAUGGCUGUGCGUCCCGCAGCUUAUCUCGAAUCUCGCCUGUUUGACUGGAGCAGCUUCUUCAUUGAACGGGCAUUCAGUGUGGAUGCUAGAUUUUUAUCUUCUGCUGCUUGGAGAGGUUCUACAAGCCAUAUUUUCAACGUCUUUGUUAACGAAUCGAACAGAAAGGUUGCCUCCAGAAGAACGUUUGGGAAAUUUCACAUCAGGGCCCGAGCCGAGCGAAACACUCCGUCGUGAACUCCUCAACGAAGCUCCAGGAGUAGAAUCACAUGUGAAUAUGAUCCGUGUAAUAAUGAAUAUAAUCGGUGAAGAGCUACGCCAGUGGGAAAACGCACUCCACUCUAUAUCCAAGCCAGGUAUUUUUGCUGUUGCACGACGAAUGAUUGUUCAUCCAAAAUUCACUAAAUCCUAUGCAUACAACACGUUCGUUACGCUCAACAAUCUUGGAGUAGAAGUGAAGAUUUUUGAUGGCUCAAAUGAGAUAAUUCAAUGGAUACAAAAAAGUCUAAAGGCGGGCUCAGUUAACACCUGUCCCUUUGAACUGUGGAGAAGCGGCGAAACUGUUUUGAAAAAGGAGGCACCCAGAGAAGCUGUUGGUCGUGAUUUGCUCAUGUCGAAGUCGAAUCAGCGAUGUCCCAUCUUUGCGUGGGCAAGCCAUUUUCAAAUCACAUUCAAGUCUGGAAUCUUCGAGUCUGAAGCUGUAUUCACAAUGUCUGGAUCUCAGGAGAACAAAGGAGAAGAGAUGUAUCUGCGUUUCCACAGCGAAAAGCCAAAAAUGAAAUUCUGUAGCAUAGGACGCACCGGUAUUCUGGAAGUUCCAACUAACUCAUCAAAUAUCUUCCUUUAUUUUGUUACCGAUGUGGAAAGAGCUCUUACUGGACCACAGUUACUGGAUAUGAUCAGAGAAGUCCAGAAGGCUGUGCCUGAAACACAUACAGCUUAUAUUCCUAUAUGGUGGUCGCAAGAGAAGGUGUCAAAUGUCGCCAAAGGAAUUAAAAAUGCACUUGAUGCAGAGCCAUUAUUCUCGCACGGAGGAUUUGGUGAUCUUGCAAUGGAAGAUGUGGAAGCGAGCUCCGAAUACAGUAGAAAGCUCACGUCAAACAUCCAACAUUUCGAUAUGGUCACGGUUUUCCAUCAACCAGACACAUCUAAUAUAAAGAGAAUUGUCCUGCAAUUACCACCUUUCAAUGUAGCUCAUAUCACGUGUCCAUUCACGUUAGUCGUCUACGACAACAAGAAGAAGAUGCCAGUGUAUUUCGGAAGGAUUGUUACUCCGAAAGUUGUAAACAUGAAGGCUGCAAACACCGGAGAAAUUAUUGGGAAUCAACACAAGCCUGGACCGAAGAAAUGGUGCCGCCUGAUCUGA